AUGACGGUGAAAUAUACAGAUAUUGAUUACCUGGUCUUUUCUGAUGCUGCCAAUUAUGUUUCCCAAGGUUUAUCACCAUAUCUUAGAGAAACAUAUCGAUACACUCCAUUAUUGGCAUGGGUGUUGGUACCUAAUCAAUGGUGGCCACAUUUCGGUAAAAUAGUCUUCAUGGUCAGUGAUUUGGUGACGGGGUAUUUGAUCGUUCAAUUAUUAAAAUUCAGAGUUAAAGGUAAACAAUUACUCAUUCUUUCUUCAAUCUGGCUAUUGAAUCCCAUGGUCAUCACCAUAAGCACAAGAGGAUCAGCAGAAAGUGUUUUAACGGUCAUGAUUAUGUUAUCGGUUUAUUAUGCCAGAAAGAAAUCAUUCAAUUUAUCAGCCUUUUGGUUGGGUAUUGCUAUUCAUUUCAAAAUUUAUCCUAUCAUUUAUUUACCUACUAUGAUGUUAUAUCUUAUAAGAUUCGGAAACCCAUUGAUUAAUAUCCCAUUACUCAAUUUGUUGAAUAAACAAAAUAUCCAAUAUUUAUUGAUUACAAUCAGCACAUUCGGUGUUUUGAAUUUGAUAAUGUACCAGAUUUAUGGAUAUGAAUUUUUGUAUCACACUUACUUGUAUCACGUGACCAGGUUGGAUCAUAGACAUAACUUCUCGGUAUAUAACAUUAUGUUAUACUAUAAGUCAAGUAUAACUGACACUACUGGAAUGAUGCAAAACAUUGAAAAAUUUGCAUUCGUCCCCCAAUUACUUAUUUCAGGUAUUUUGGUUCCUUUUAAAUUUGGUACCAGAGACUUUAUUUCAUGUUUAUUCCUUCAAACAUUUACAUUUGUUACUUUCAAUAAGGUUAUCACAUCUCAAUAUUUCAUAUGGUUCUUAUUCCUCCUUCCCCAUUAUUUAUCCAACUCACAAUUAAUCAAAGGUCAGUACGUGCAGGGGAUUGUGGUAUUGGUCAUGUGGGUUGCAACUCAAGGAAUCUGGUUAUAUUUUGCCUAUAAAUUAGAAUUCUUAGGUAUAAGUACCUUCGAUAACGGGUUAUUAAUGGCAUCUUGUGGAUUUUUCUUAUCCAAUUGUUGGAUCUUAGGAGUUUUCAUCAAUGAUUUAAAUAUUUCAGCUCCUUAA